GGUAUAUCUCGGUUAUAAUCAUUUAUGUAGGCGUUUACCUAGCUGAUUUGCUAGUUUAACGGUGAUAGUUUCCUAUAAUCCUUCUCUGUGGUUUCCAUUCGUCAGUUGAUUAUUUCCAUAAUCGCACAUUUUCUUCUUGGAGUAUAAGUGGUUGUAGUUUGACUUAUACUUUGGUGUUGAGCACACCUCUUUGAAAUGUCUUUCUUCCGGGUUUUUGGAAGCCGUUGUGGCGCAUUGUUGCCACGGGUUAGUUCAGACGACUCUGUUGUUGGUGUUCAAGGUGAUAUUGUUCAGCCCACAUCUGUUGGUCGUUCUACCGGUUACUUACAAUCUCUGAAUCUUCGUUGUUCAUCUGCUUUGGUGUCAUGGCGUAAGAGGGUUCCUGAUGGCAAACCACUUUUAUCUGCAUUGUUACCAACUCAGUUGGUAUUAUUUAGCCCUGCUCAUUGUGAUGAGCAGCCUGUGAUGCCUGAAGCGCCUCCUAAGGCUCCCCAGCCUCCAUCUCCCUAUGAAUUGCUUGUGUUUGAGAAUUUAACCCGUGAGUUCAAGAAUGUGAUUACUCAGGACAAUUAUGAUGGAUUUCGUCUUGAGGCAGAUCGUCAAUUGACUAACAAUUUGCAAUUGAGUCACUCUUUGUACUUGGGUACUGUGAUGAGUGAGACUGGUUAUUUAUACCAGAUUGGUACUAACUAUGCAAGUUCCGAUGGUAAUUGCCUUGCUAUGGGCAAGAUUGGUCUUGAUGGUAUGUUGACAGGUCGUGUAUUUGCCAAAUAUGCUGACUGUGAGUUUAAGGUCAGCGGCAAUUCGUUUUUGCGUUACGACACUCGUAACGCGUACGAGGCUGGUGUUGACUAUUUUGGUAAAGGUUGGACUGCCUCAUUGAAGGGUGCGUGGCAGGGUACUUGGAUAUUGAAUGCUGCUUAUACUCACCAACUGUUGCCCUGUUUGACCUUGGGUUCCGAGUUGACUUACAUUGUUGCCAAUGGUACUUCCAUUGGUGCCAUUGCAGCUCGUUACGUUCGCGGCGAUCAUGUAUUCACUGGUCAGUGGAGCAAGCAGCCUAAUUUCAAGGGCAUGGACUACAAUUUACAGGAUACUGACACUUGUCGCUUGCAGUAUGUUCGUCGUGUUAACGAGCGUCUAUCUUUAUGCACGGAGUUGGAGGUGACUCCUGCUACUAAGGAAUCUGCUCUUCGUGUUGGUUGGGACUACUUAUUCCGCCACGCUCGUGUACAGGGUAACAUUGACACUGCCGGGCGUAUAUCUAUGCAAGCUCAGGAUUAUUCUGGCUUCGGCAUUAGCGGUUGCAUUGACUACUGGAGCAACAUAUACCGCUUCGGUUUUAUGAUGCAUUUACUUCCUCCCGUGCCCGAGCAGAAGCCUGAGGCUAUGACAGUAGUCUAAUAAAUUUGCGUUGUGACAAAGCGAGAAAUCAUUGCAAGUGGUGUUGUGGAGCUACAUUAGCACCUUAGACUAUCGGUGCCAACCUCGAAAUCAGGUUGUUUCGGAGUACUGACUAGUAUAUAUUCCGUUAAACUUGGGUAUAU